GCUGCUCAUAUAACCUGUUUAUCCACACGUAUUUGGCGUGCUGUGAACGCUUACUCCAUACUUACUCGAAAACUACUCUGUAUUUCCUACGAGAAAAUGUCAAGAAAAGUUCUGGUAGCAGUAGACGGGAGUGAGCACAGUCAUGCGGCUCUUGAUUGGUACUUGAAAAAAUGCAAACGUGAUGAUGAUAUGUUAUAUGGAUGUAUUGUCAAACAGCAGCCAAGCCUGCCAACGUUUUCAUUCAAAGCUGGAAUCACAGUUCCCCAUGAAGAAUGGGAAGAAAUCCUCAAGAAGACUAAUGAGCGAGCCAAUAAGGAAGAGGAAUACUUCGAGAUGACAGUUGUCCCAACCAAGAUGAAACAUGAAUUUGAACCACUACUAGAUCCAGACAACAAACCAGGCGAGAGGAUUUGUGAACAUGCGAGAAACAAGAAGGUUGAUCUGAUCAUCAUGGGCACACGUGGUCUGAACACAUUACGUCGCACCCUGCUGGGUAGUGUUAGUGACUAUGUGCUUCACCACGCCCAUGUGCCAAUUGCAAUUGUACCCAUGCCUGAGGAGGCUAAGUGAUCGAUUAGUAACAAGCAUUAUUGCUUGAAUUUCAAUGCAUUUGUAUCGGUUUUAUACUUGAAUAAAAGCUGUUCAUUCAAAGUCAAAGAUUUUGAUGUAAAACAGUUGUAAUGUAAUCUUGAAUUAUUUUACUUCCUGGAUUCUGCUGUUAUAAUAAGUGUAUUGUCUGAUUCACUUGUUAAAAUCAUGAAUGAAUUCAUUUUUAUAAUUAUUGCAUUCAGUGCUUAUACAUCAUACAUGGGAGGGAUGGCUUAGUGGCUUAGUUUUUAUUCGUUUUUGAGCUUAAAAAAGAAUAAAUGAUUAUGGCAUCUU